CCAAGAUGGCGGCCACCAUGAAGAAGGCGGCUGCAGAAGAUGUGAAUGUCACUUUUGAAGAUCAACAAAAGAUAAACAAAUUUGCACGGAACACAAGUAGAAUCACAGAGCUAAAGGAAGAAAUAGAGCUAAAAAAGAAGCAGCUCCAGAAUUUAGAAGAUGCGCGUGAUGACAUCAUGCUCGCAGACGACGACUGCGUAAUGAUCCUGUAUCAGAUCGGCGACGUGUUCAUUAGCCAUUCUCAAGAAGAAACACAGGAAAUGCUAGAAGAAGCAAAGAAAAAUUUGCAAGAAGAAAUCGACGCCUUAGAGUCCAGAGUUGAAUCCAUUCAGCGGGUGUUAGCAGAUUUGAAAGUUCAGUUAUAUGCGAAAUUUGGCAGCAACAUAAACCUUGAAGCUGAUGAAAGUUAAACAUUUUAUAACUCAUUUUUUUAAUUUGUUUAAUAAACUUGAAUAUUGUUUAAAA